AUGGAAUCUAUGGAUGAGACUAGAGUGAAUCAAUGUUUAACUUCAGCCAUUAAGAAGAUCGACGAAGUUCUUGGAGAAUUGAAAAAGAAGCGAGAAAGUCUAUCAGACACAAAUGUAUUCAAUCCUACAACUACAACGCAAGCUUCAGCAGCAAAACUAAAUGUCAACGUUGAGGAUCCAUUAUUGGAUAAUUCAGUUCAGAACAAUAAUUUGAACACAUUCACAGUUGACAAUGAUGAAAAGGAGUUGUUAGAUACACUAACCAUUGAUAUUCAAAACUUAUUGAGAGAUUCUUUACCACAAUUAUCAACAGCGUGUUCUAAGUAUAUCGAACAACAUUUACAUCAAUAUCAUUACGAUUCAGACAAUCAAGUAUUUACUGAGGAACUCACAGCCAAUAUUCUAUAUUCUUUUAAACAUGAUUUUAAUGGUUUACUAAUGGCUACAAAAGGUUAUCCAGCUGCACUGAAGGGGGAUUUGCAAACAGUGGAUGCUUUUCUCAAACGUUAUCCAUUGUAUAAAGACAAGCCAGGCUUUUGGGGAACAACACUAUUAUAUUCAGCUGCACGAAAUAAUCAUGUUCGUUUGGUGCAACAUUUAAUUGAAACACUUGGUUGUUCUGUAAAUGCUCAAAAUGAAAGUGAAAUGUCUUUUGCAUUGAUCAAUGAUAAUGACACUCGAACGAACAACCCUGAUUUACUCUACAAUCCGGAUCCUAAAUUUGCUUCGACAGCCUUGCAUGCUGCCUGCUUUAACAAUAAUUUGGAGGUUGUCGAAUAUUUGAUUAAAAAAGGCGCAAAUUAUUUCUUAAGAAAUCAACUUGGUGAAACACCUAUUCAAAAUGGCAAAAAUCAUCAAGCAAUACAAGACUAUUUUAAAGAUUUUCUUGUCCCGUCGUACACGACUAUACCAAAUGCCUCUUUACCAACUGAACCUAUCCUAGAUUGUCAUGAUCGAAAACCGUACAAUUGUAUUUGGGAAUACAAACCGGUUAAUGGAGACGAAUGGGAGGAAUUUACUAUGAGUGAGCAUCAUACCUUAUCUGCUGCUUUAAUGUUAGAAGCAAACAAACAAUCAUUUGAUACAACAACCUAUUUGAGUGCUCGGCAAGGUACAUACAACGUCAAUCUAUUAACCUUUCUACGUGGUGGUAAAAAUCAAGAACCAAAUCCAUCAAAAAAAGAUAGUUUAGCAUGGAUUCAAUGUCGAGGAUCUAGUAUAGCUAAUUUUGAUAUUUAUUGUGUUUGGCAAUUAAUGUUUAUCAAAUACGAUGGAAAGCAACAGUCGAAGACCGAAGCUCGAACGCUGGAUUCAAAAACCUUUCCAUCUGUUUACGAUAGCAAAUUUCAGAUAAAAUUAAACAGUUGGUAUACAUGCGACUUGAAAAGAAAUACCUUAUUAGACGAUGCAAUGAAUUCUAGACGACGAAGCGUCAAUAUUAAUUGUAAUUUUGAUAGUAAUCAUGAUCCAAACAACAUUAUUACAUGUAAUUUAUAUACAUUUACAUUCGAAAAUGACAAUCAAACAGUAAAGGGUUUUAUUCGAUGGAUUCCGAAAAUAAUUGCAAAUACAACGAAUGAUCAAAAUAGUAUCAAAGUAUUGGACAAUUUUAAGACAAUCAAUAAUCUCAAUCCGAUACCAUUAACAACUAAACGGCUAGAAAAAUUGACUGGUUCAAAAUCAGCGACCGGACCAAGUGCAAUGAUAACUGAUAAUGACGAAAGUAAUUCGACAGAAUUUAUCAAUAAUUUUUUAACAAACGAAAAUGGAACAGAUGAUGGUGAUGAUGACGAUAAUAUAUAUUCCAAUGCCUCAAACAACAAUACUGGUACUUGGAGCUUGAAUGAACUUCAAAGCAAUGAUUUUCAAUCAACAACUGAACAUGGCGAUGUAGCUUCAUUGACAACUGAAUCGAAUCCUGUUUUGGAUAUACCUGCACUAACUAAUGAUUUUAUCGAUAAACAAAUGAGUCAAUCUGAAAAUAUAUCAGAGAAAAUAGAAAUUAGUCAAGUUUCCGAAACAAGUAAUCGUUCUGAACAAGAUGAUGCAAUUAAACAAGCGAAAGCUGCUCUAGAAAGUCAAAAUGAGCAAUUAAAAGCACAGAUAGUCCUAUUACAAAACGAAGUACAAGAAAAACUGAACAAUGCGGCCGAACAAAGCGAAGCUAGUAGUAUAGCAUUAAACACUACAAUGGAUCGAUUAGAACGUUUACAAAACGAAUCACAGGCAAAAAUGAACCAUGAAAAUUCAAUAAGAGAAGCUGCUAAACAAAUAUCCAUCAUUAAAUAUACAGUUCCAAAAUCGAAUCAAUCAGUACUCUUAAAAUUCAAUUUAAUUAUAAAUACAUUGAGGGAAUUAGAUUAUCCUCUAAAAGAAUAUUUUGAAGAUAAUGUACCAGUGAUGGAAUUAGACGAUCAAUAUGAUAGUAAAAUUGUACUAAAAGGUUUUCCGAUUCAUCAUAAAGAAUUGAAGAACAUUUUCGAACGUUUAGAAAAUCUAAUUAAACAAAUUCAAUCAACUGAAGCAUAUUAUAAUCAACGAACGAAUAGAAAUAUACAAAUUUUAUUAAGAACUGUUCAUCGAAUACAUCCAAAGAAUCUGAUCCAUUGGAAACCUUAUUGUAAUUCUUUGGUUAAAUUAAUUAAUCAAAAAUAUGAUGAUUAUGUACAACAAUACAAAACUUACGUGAAUAAUAAACUGAGAACUCUAAUAGAUAGUUGUAUUAAAGAAUCAGCACCACAAUUUCGAAAAACUAUUAUUGAUUCAACCAACGAUUAUAUGAAAGCUGAAACAUUUUCAUCUGAUGUAGAAAUGUUGAAGAUAAAUGCUCUGGAUGAAUUUAUUCAUGAACAUAUUUCAUUACAACAAAAAACAACAAAAACUAUACCAACAAAAGAAUCUGUUUUAGCAUUGAACAAACAUAUUGACAGGAUUAAGAGUAUUUUGAAAAAUAAUGCUGAUUAUAAAGGUUAUGAAUUAAAACAUUUUUACAUGAUUGUAUCUCUAUUACAACGUCUAAUGAUUUUUUAUUAUUGUUUUCUCACACAAUUACCGUUAUUCGAUGCAUCAUUUGAUCUUUUAAGCAAAAUCGAAAACAAUACAGUUAUAACUAUUGAAACAGCGACGGGUUCGGGUAAAUCUACACUUCUACCUGCAUUGCUGGUUGCUGAAGGUUAUGACAAAAUUAUUGUUACACAACCUCGACGUUUACCAUGUAACUUGAUAAGUCAACGUGUUAAUUCCAUGGUCAACGAUGACAUAAGUGGAUGGGCAGUUAGUGGUGCCGAAAAUAAUGUACAAGGCAAUAUUCUUUAUCUUACCGAUGGUUUAUUAAAAGAACGUCUAUUGAACGAUGAAAAUUUGAUAACACUAAAUACGAAGACAACAAAAUCAGUCAUCUUUUUUAUGGAUGAGGUGCAUGAACGUUCGAUUAAUAUUGAUUUAUGUCUGGCUCUAUUUGCACGACUAUUAAAAUUAAAUCCAAAAUUAAAAACAAAAAUGAAAUUGAUUAUAUCAUCUGCUACUUUAGAUGCAUCAGUUCCAUCAUUGUAUCGAAAAAUUUCUGGUUGUUCUUUAGCUGAAUUUAAUUUAACAUCAUUAUCGACACUUUAUCCAGUAACUUUCAAUCGUGUAUCCAAUGAAAAUCUUCUUGAUCUUGUCCAACAGUUAUAUAGUCAACGAAAUCGACAUGAUCAAAUACUUUGUUUUGUUGGUUCAACACAAGAUGUACAUGAAAAUUGUCAAUUAUUAAAAAAACUAACUAAAGGUGCUAUUGUUGCCUACCCUCUUAUACAAUCACAAUCGGCUAUUGAUCAACAGAAAUAUAUUGAACAAGGUAGUGUAUUUAUUUCAACAACAGUUGCUGAAACAUCGUUAACAUUUCCAUGUUUGAAAUAUGUUAUUGAUACUGGUGUAAUCAAUAUGCCAGUGUAUAGUUUAGAAUUAGAACGAACUGAGUUACAAGAAAUCAAAGCGGCUGAAUCAACAACAAAACAACGACUUGGUCGUCUUGGUCGAACACAACCGGGUGAAUACUACGCAUUGUAUAAUUAUCCAUCAGGGCAACAACGAAAAUAUCCGAUUCCACAAAUAUGUCAGUCAGAACUAGUGAACAUCGAAUUUUCUUUACGAAAAUCUCGAUUGAAAACAAAUUUAAGAGAAUUUCAAGAAUAUUUACCCGAUAAACCAAAACAAGAAUAUAUUGAUGAUGCUAUCAAACAACUACAACGAUUAGAACUUAUUGACACUGCUUCAAACGCACAUUUCACUAAUUUGGGUGCGGCAAUAGCAAAAUUACCUGAUUUUAGCUCUUUAUCCAUGUCUAAAGCUGUCUAUGCUGCAUUGAAACGAUAUCGCUGUGGUCGUGAUUUGAUCGUUUUAUCAUCUGUUCUGUCUGUUCUUAACACGUCAGCCAUAUUGAAAUCCAUUCCAGCGGAAUAUAAACGUCCAGAAGGUGAUUUUAUGACUCUUUUACAAGUGAUGAACACAAUUUUACUAGUUCGCGAUGCGGUACCUGCUAAACAGUUCAAUACUGAUUUGGUUUGUACUGCUAAACGCCUAUCUACUGCCGCACAUGUAAUUAAACCAGCAUUACGACGAUAUAAAAAUUUAGAAAAAGCCUUUAGUCUAUCAGAUGAAUUACAUGAACUUGCUCGAGUUCAAUCGGGCAAUUGGGAAAAUAUAGGUAAAGCUUUAUUGAAAGGUUUUUCAGAUAAAGUUUAUGCAUCGCAAAAAAUACUUCAAGGUAAAACACAACAAUAUGUUAAAUACAAUAUCAAUCAACGAACAUUGACUAGUGGACAGCAAGAUUCAUUGAAUGAAGCAUCUUCAAUAGCCGUUAUUGAUCGGACGUCAACACUGAGAACGGGAAAUAAAGGAGCUGUACCGGCAUCAUUGAUUUUAGCUCGAGAUGUUCGUUAUUUAACAGCUAUACGUUCAACUGCUAUUUUAUCAUUUGUCGGACAAGUUGAAGCAGCAUGGUUAGAAUAUACUUUUACUCGUGAAUUAAAAUUGAACGAAAACGAAGAACGACGAUUAAAGGAUGCCAAUAUAUUACAAAAUGCAAUUACACAAUUUGCACAUACACAAAUGCAGAUCAACAAUAGGAAACUAAUAUUCAACGGUACAUCCGGUAAUAUUCUGAAUGCAGAACUUUAUGUUCGGCAGCAGUUGGUAACUACAUUAAAUUUCACAUUAGCAUCCAAUCAGCCAAAUAGUCCUCACUAUAAUCUUACAAGAAAUUUGAAGAGUGUUACAAGUAUGCCUGGUGAUUUAUUUGGUCCAUUACGAUGGCGAUGGGAAUCUGAACAUCAGGUGAAAGUACGAACGAAAAUGAAUAAGAAUACUGGGACGAUUGAUGUGACCGUCGAAGGUCUUGAUUCACAAAAUGAAUUAGUACGUAAUGAAUUUAUGUCAUUUUUAAGUUGGUUACGUACGUGUGCUGUAAUUCGAGACCCAAAUUCAGGAGUUUCUCCUCGAGCUUUAAAACCACAAGUACGUGAUCAAUUUCUCGAUAUGGAAAAGAAAAUUUCCAAUAUUACGGAUCCAGAACGCACAUCGUUGGACAUGUGGAGAAGUUUGAAAGGUCCUAAUGCUACACGAGAAACACGUAUGGAAGUUGUCGCCUGGAUAGCUGUAUGUCAAUUCUAUUGUCGACUAGAAGGUGGUUUUGUUCGUGAUUGGGUUGUUGGUAAUCAUUCAUCAAAACCAACUAACCUACCCUUAAAUCAAUGGGUCCAAAAACCGGCAUCUGGUGUUCCAAUAUUAAACAAAGAUCUUGUUCCUUCAGAUCUUGAUUGUCACUUACCACAAUCCAAAAUCUUUGAUAUUGAAGGUUUUCUUGAUGCAUUACAUAGUUAUGGAAUUACAGCAACACAAUGGCGACAAGAUUGGCGUUACGUACUAUUGAUUGAUGAAGAUGCAAAGACUGGCCCAUUUACAAUGGAUUUAAUCGAACCACAUAUUGCUUUAACACAUGAUCGUAUCGAUUUUGAUGUUAGUAAUUUGUCAUUAGAACGUGGAUAUACAAAAGAUUUAGGCAUGCGUGUUGAUAUUGCGAGUGGAUUAUAUCCAAUUCAACUUGAAACCAUUGUUGAAAAUAUUCGUAAUAAGAAUUUUCAAGUUUUACGACCAAUUGAUGGUGAAAAUGGGCCAAAUACAUCGGGAACUGUUGCUGAUCGAAUUAGAAAGAUGGUAUCAAGAGGAUGGACACAAGUUGGUACGCCAUUCUCGUUCAUUCCAGAUCCCCCAAAAACUUACAAUGCUGUACUCGUGCCAUAUCCAUCGUCGACAUUACUAUAUCAAAAUAUUGUUACCGAAAUUCGAAAGAUACCUGGAGCAAACGUUAUAUCUAUUGAACAAAUAAAAAAUCCUGAUAUUGAAGCGUUGUAUGAGUAUAUGAAACGAACAAUAUCAAAAGAAUGUCCGGGUAAUGAUCCAAGAGAACGAGAACUCUUUCAUGGAACUGGUGGUGAAGCAAUUCAAGGAAUAAUUGAUAGAGGUUUUGAUGAUCGAUUUUUUGCUACGUCGGGAGCAUGGGGACGUGGUGCCUAUUUUGCGGAUGAUCCUCGGAAAUCGAAUGGUUAUGCACCAUCUGAUCCAAACACAGGGCGUCGUAUUAUUUUUUACAAUAAAGUUUUGUUAGGUAAUGAGUCCGUACAAACACAGACAAACACUACACUUAGUGCAGCACCACAAAAUCAUCAUUCUGUCCAUGGUACUGGAUUUCAAUAUCAUGAAUACAUCGUCUAUAGAUAUGGUCAAGCCUUACCAUACUUGAAAAUUACUUACACAGCACCAUAA